UGUGUGUGUGCGCGCGCGCGCGCGCGCGUGCGUGUAUUAGUGCAUCUGUGCAUACGCGUGUGUGCGCGUGUGUGUGUGUCAUUGCUGAGUGACCCAGGAUGUCUCACUGCAGAUUGCUAGCGCGGCUCCUCUUGCAGCAGCAGCAGGUGGGAGUGAGACACUGUUACACGGCCACACGGAAGAGUCUCUACAUCAGCAAGGACACUAAAGUCAUCUGUCAGGGCUUCACAGGAAAACAGGGAACGUUCCACAGUCAGCAGUCUCUGGAUUAUGGCUCCAAGUUAGUCGGAGGCGUGUCUCCUGGAAAAGGCGGGAAAACUCACCUGGGUUUGCCGGUGUUCAACUCUGUGAAGGAGGCGAAGGAGGGGACAGGCGCCGACGCCACGGUGAUCUAUGUCCCCCCUCCGUUCGCCGCGGCGGCCAUCAUAGAAGCCAUCGACGCCGAGAUACCGCUGGCGGUGUGUAUCACGGAGGGAAUCCCACAGCAGGACAUGGUGCGGGUCAAACACAGGCUCCUCCGCCAGAACGUCACCCGCCUCAUCGGGCCCAACUGCCCCGGUGUCAUCAACCCUGGAGAGUGUAAAAUCGGGAUCAUGCCCGGACACAUUCACAAGAAAGGAAGAAUCGGCAUCGUGUCGAGGUCAGGCACCCUGACGUACGAAGCGGUGCACCAGACUACGCAGGUGGGACUGGGCCAGUCUCUGUGUGUUGGAAUCGGCGGAGAUCCGUUUAACGGCACAAACUUCAUCGACUGUCUCGAGGUGUUCCUGCAGGACCCGAAAACAGAGGGCAUCAUCCUGAUCGGAGAGAUCGGGGGCGACGCCGAGGAGAACGCAGCCGAGUUUCUGAAACAGCACAACACGGGUGCUAACAUUAAACCGGUGGUGUCGUUUAUCGCCGGGCUCACGGCGCCCCCCGGCAGGAGGAUGGGUCACGCCGGUGCCAUCAUUGCAGGAGGAAAGGGCGGGGCUAAAGAGAAGAUCGCCGCCCUGCAGUCCGCCGGCGUGGUGGUCAGCAUGUCCCCCGCCCAGCUGGGAAGUACCAUGCUCAAGGAAUUCGAGAAGAGGAAGAUGCUGUAACGUGGACGAGUCUUGUCGAUGCCACAGCAGUGUUUAUGGUUUUUUUUUUGUUUUUUUUUCCUCCAGUCUUGAAUCUCCAUCUUCUGGAGAAUUUUCCAGAACCAGAUUGUUCUUUUAUCGCAGUGAGAUAUCCAACGGUAACGUGAAGUUAUAACCGUUAACGUUAAGGUUAACGUCGCAGGUGAGCGAAGGGGUGGUGUGCGUUACCUCCGUCUCCAUCUCUACCUCCACCUCCAUCUCGUCCAUCAUCAGUCUCAUUACUGCAGAAAUAUAUAAUAUAACUCAAUUUCCUGCACUUCC